CAUCAAUCAGUAAGCGACAAUAUGGAUUCUGGCUCGGACGACGACAGUAACGCUGAACCAGAAGCUCGACCCUCUAAUGGUCACGAAACCAUACAUAGUGAAAAACGUGAACGGAAAAAAGUUCAGCGGCUCUCAGAAACCUGGAGUCAAGCUCAUGUUGAGCAGGUAGAACAAAAGGCAAAAGUAGCAAAAGAGUUGAACAGCGUCUUUGAAACUGGCACGGGAACUCCUCUGGGUGAUAUUCCAAUCAUUGAAGCUGCUUUUCGUAAAAACAAACCUAUCAAUUUAAAGGGAUUACAUACCAUAAUUUACGGUAGACCAGGAGCAGCCACAGAAAUCCGAUCAAAUUUACGAAAAUUCCGUGGUUUUGGAUUCACUGAAGGUUCGGAGGUGUACAAGAAAAAAGUCACCCAGAUUCAGAAUCGAUCAACAUCGGAAUUGCGCGAGGCCUUGCGCAUACUAAAUUUAGAGGUCAGCGGUACACGAGAUCAAUUGACCGAUCGUUUGUUGGAGUUUCUUCUACACCCUAAAGCUCAAAUGGUCAAAUAUAAAGGCAAAUUGCCCUCUAAGCCAGGUCGUGGUCGCCCAAAGGGUGACUCUGACGGGCACGGAAAACGGAAAUCCCGCGGGUCGAAGACAGGCUCCGGUCGAACCACAUCCAGUGAAGUAAGCGGAGAUGGUACCAGUCGGUCCGGUGUAGAUAUUGAAGAUGAAAAUGAUAGCAUUUCGGACGAUGGUGCGUCAAGUCCCAGCAUGCGCAAGACCGAUGCCGAUGAAGACGAGGACGAAGAAAGCCCCAAGAAACCUGCAAAGAAGCGAGGACGACCUCCGGGUAAAUCAACUCGUCCUGCCCCGACUCCAAAGCCGAAGCGGAAGCGAGCCAGUGCAGCUGCUCUGGAUUCAGAAAGCGAGGACGAGAAAGCUGAUAAAUCUGUCACCAAAACUGGGUCAUCUGCAAGUGGUGAGGCAGAAUCAGAUGAAGACAUGCCGCUUUCUGCAUUAACGACAUCGAAGUCAAAUACGGCGCCUUCAGACGCUGAACUGAAGCGCAGCAUUAUCGAGUUAUUGAAAACAGUAAAUCUCGAGGAGACCUCGUUGAAGUUAGUGCGCGAGCAGAUUUUCUCCCGGUACCCGGGCGUGGAUUUGACAAAUAAAAAAGAAUUUAUCAACACUACUGUGAAGGAAGAGAAAUCACAAGAUGAUGCGGUUACCAAACCCGAGCGAACGCGUCAAUCUCGUCAUCCGAUCUGCUAUCGAACGCUGGUUUAUGUGACUUCGAUAGUUUCUCUGCUUAUCCUAUCUAGUUUAAUCUAUCGCGCGCUGAAUUUGUUCGUGUUUCCCAGCCCAAAGCUGGAUGUGAAUCAGCUGGAGGUGAAAAAGUGCCCCGCAUGUGCGGGUCAAUCUGUCUGUCCAGCUUUUUUCCGCGGUGAUGUGCGCCUGUCCGGGAUCUACCGAAAUCGACUCAAUCAUCACAUUGUGAAUCAACCUCCGACCGGUCUGGAGGGAACUAUGGGUCUAUAUGAGUUGGAGAAACCAAUACGUCUGCGUCGUCUUGGCAGUCCGGCAGACCCAAGCUUGGUUGAUGAGGCCGUUUGUCGUCGCGGUUUGCAACAAGGUUACGAGGAUGCAAGUCCACUUGCUCGAGACCGUCUUCAGUGUAUACCGCAUUUGGCUAUUUGGCGUUGGCGCCCCACGAAUUCGGAGUCCAAAUCGAAUAACCAAAACGCUCCACGGGAUUCUGUUGAUCUGCCAUUGGAGCGUCGGAUGGUUGUUGCACCAGUAUUUCACUCCAAUGGUACUUUGUCUCAAGACUUGUCAGAGGAGCGUGUCUGGUCCGAUACUGUGAUGCCGACAGCUUUUGCACCCGCCACUAGAUGUUCAAGCGAUCGUAUGUUUUCUCUUCUUCAAGCUAGAUUUCGCGAGCGAACAAGCUUCGGUGCCGAAACCCGUUGGCCGCGUUUCGACGAACUAAUGUUCCUGUUUAAUCUGGCCAUCAAUCCUCAAUCUGUGAUUUCUCAAGCUUUCCCGCGUAAGGAGAAUUGGCCAUUUCCAACGCACUUGGGUGCUUGUGGUCGCUGGGUUGUUGAAGAACAUCAUGGUGUUCCUUUAAACCGGUUUUGUGGUUCGCCAUUAUGGUUAAGGCUGCGUAUAAUCCGCAACUUGCUCUCCUUACCUGAACGUCUGGAACGUCCUCCGAUCGCGGGCUAUGAUCAUGUUGCUUCCAGUCGCUACGCGCACCCGGCGACCGACUUGACUGUUGGCUACUCAAUCUAUCUCACUUCUUUUCUUUUGGGUACCACCUACCUGAUCGAUCCAACCACGUAUGAGGUGACGGUAGGUGAUCUGAGACAAGCGAUCGUUGUGGAUACGCAAACGGUAAGCGUGGCCUAUUCGUCGGCAACCCCAAGCAAUUACUUUUUCAUUGUCUGUUUGUUGUGA